GCAUCAAACGUCAAUUUGACAUUAUUGUUAACCAUUGAACGUUUGCAAAUUAAGGCAAUUUAUUGCCAUUUCGAGUGGAUUCGUUAGGAAAACGAACGUUGGGAAAUCGUCGAAACGAAGAUAUCCCUUGAUCCCGUUAAAAAAUUCGCGUGCGAUUCACGCUGUCACCCGAGAAAAAAUCAACCCAAAACUUGCGCCCGACAAAUAUUGAUUACGUCAUUAGGCCAUUUUGUGUUUUUGUGUGUUUUCUUCGACUGGCAGUGGCUUUAAAUCGGCGUGGAUUUCGACCAUUCAUAAUCAAUAAAUAAAAAAGAACCUGGCGUAGGUGUAUUAUCACGGAGUACCGUGUUAUCGUUUUUGAUUAUCAUCGUUAGAAGAAAGUCGUCCAAAAUUCCGGUACCCACAAGAAAACCUACCAAUACCGAUUUCGGUAGCGGAGAUAUGAAUAAUCGUAGAAAAAACCGCGGAGGUGCUGCGAGGAAUGCGCGAGUACGCAACGUGCCCGUCGAAGGUGUUUACAACAACGCCCAUUUUAUGCACACCGCUACAUCCCUCGUCGGAAACGUGGUACAAUUACAAACGACCUCGGGAAUACUUUGGGAAGGUGUUUUUCGUACAUUUUCCCAUCAUUUUGAUGUCGUACUUGAGAUGGCUACUAAAUUAGAGAAUCCGGACACCAAUCCGACCGUUAUCACCAAUUCGUUAGUUGAUAAGUUAAUUUUCAAGGCGUGCGACAUCGUUUUUAUGGUCGCAAAGGAAGUUGACCUUGAGUUCGCCACCAGGGACACCUUCCAAACAGACACUGCCAUUACAGCCGCUCGAUUAAAUGGGCAACAAAGGAUAGAAGAAAAAGAAUUAGAGCCAUGGGAUGCGAGUAGUGGGGUAAAUGGGGGCGAUACAAGUUUGGAAUUGGAGCCUGGAGCGAACGGUUGGGACGCGAACGAUAUGUUCAAGAAAAACGAGCAGGUGUACGGCGUUCAAAGCACUUACGAUAGUGCUUUAACGCAGUAUACGGUGCCGCUUCAAGCUACCGAUUCCGCUGACUACCGGGAGGCUCAAAUGAAAGCGGAACAAAUCGCCAAUGAGAUCGAGAAUAACCCAACGUGUAUGGCCCGGUCGGAAUUGGAGAAUGGCGAUGAAGAGGAACGGUUUGCUGCCGUACACAGACCAUCCAAUGAAUACAAUAAAUCAGAUUCUUCGCAAAAAUACGUCCCCCCAGCGAAACGAAAGACCAUCACCACAGGAAAAUUAAUGCGUAGUACGCCACCACCACAAAAUAACAACAAUACCUGCAGCGGUAGUAGUAGCGCUCAAACGACACCAUCUCCAAAAGGACCCGGUCCCCAAAUGACUUAUCCUUCAGUAGCAAUCCCUAAUAGCAUCCCCCCACAUAUUCGCGAUAACCACCAUCACCAACAACAACAAAUUCGCGGGGGAGGAAAUAAUCCCCAACAACAACAACAACCCCCACCACCAUCAAUUCAAGAUCACCAACAAAAUCAAGGACCUCAAAACGUCCCCCCACCCAUAUCACACGUUCCACCCACAGCUAUGGGACAUCCUAUUCAUCCAAAUCAUAAUCACGGUGGGGGGAGUAAUCACGGAGGAGGGAGUAAUCAUGGUGGAAGUAAUCAAGGGGGUCGAUCAAGUUCUCAUACUCCAUAUCAAACUGGUGGUGUACCAAGGGGUCAAUUAAAUAAUGGUAAUAAAGGACAAAUGAAUGGUGAUGUAAAACGAGGGGGGCCAAGAUAUGGGGUUCCGCCGCCUAAUGGUGGGGGGAUGCAAGGUGGUGGUUUAAUGGGAGCGGGGCCUCCCCAAAAUUUAGUAAACGUCGGCGGUGGGUAUCAAGAUGGAGGUGGUAACAAGCAAUUACAACAACAAAUGCAGCAAGAUGGAAACGUUCGAAUGCGCGACGAUAUGAAAGAGUUGCAAAAAUUUUCGCAGGAAUUUAAAUUAUCGCAACAUCCGCCCCCGUCCGAACCACACCAACAACACAAUUUACAACAACCCCAAUCGGGGGUAAUCCCAGCGGAAAUGGGGGUCCCCCCACCGGGGGUUGUAACGCAAGGGAAACAACAACAACAACAUCCAGGUCCGCAAGCAACCCCGCCCCAACAAUCACAACAACAAGUAAUGCAACAACAGAAUGUAGCGCAACCGCAACAAUCAGUAUCGCCGCCUGAUGAAAGAGGGGGAGACGCAGAGAAGAUUUCGAAUAAAUUGAAGGAUUUUAAAUUAAACCCGAAUGCGAAGGAGUUUGUUUUGAAUCCAACUGCUAAACCGUUUACUCCAAGGAGAUCGCCAAGUACCCCAACGGCGAGUAGACCUCAUACGCCACAAACACCAAGCAAUAAUCAUUAUAUGCAACAGAUUGGGGGCCCGCAACAAACCCAAAAUUUGAUGUUAAUGCCGAUGCCCUACAUGUUAAAUCAACCGCAAUAUCAACCACAAACUCAACGUGGGUAUAGGAAAGUUCCAAUUCGCGCUGAUAUGGCGUCUCAAAUGCAAGUAGCAGCCGCAACUGGUCAACCGCUCCUUGCCCCCGCCCCAAUGCAACCGUUCCAAAUGUAUCAACCGGGAUUAAACGCCCCUGGUUAUCCGACAAUGCCCGCCACAGUGCGCAUGUAUGAAUCACCCCCGCAACUUCCUUAUUUACAAUCAAACCCAUCAAACGCCCCCAGUCCAGGUCACCCACCCCCAUAUGCUGCUGCAGCUGCGGCCGCCGCUGCAGCAGCGGCGGCUGCCGCAGCUGGUGUGGGGCAAGGACAACCACCUCAACAACCACCACCACCACAACAAUAUCAAGCAGCAGCCCCGCAAGGACACCCCCAAUUCCCUGUAAUGUACCCCAUUUUGCAAACGCAACCUCAUGUUGUUCCAACAGCCGCGGGGGUGCAUUAUUUGAAUCAAGGACCCCCACCGGCGCCGAUUCAAGUUAUUGUACAACAACCUCAAGGGGGGCAUGCUGCGGGACCGUAACGAAGGGCGGCCCGUUGGCCAUAAGAUAAAGAGUUGUAGGUGGGUUUUAAAAAAUUCUUUUUAUUAUUAUUUUUUUUUUCCUUCAAAAUUUAAACCUUUCAAUUUUUUGCUUUAGAAACAUUAAGAAAUAAUUGAGGAUUCUUUUAAUAAGUAGAAAUUUCAAUUAUUUCUAAAAAGAAAUUUUUUCUAAAUUUAAUCCCUUUAUUAUUUUAUUAAUUAUUAUUUUUCCCCCAAAAAAUAGAAUAUUGUAAUUAAUAAUUAUUACUCGAUAAUUGGCGUAUUCGAUUGUUACGAAUACGGAAAUAAGUAAAAAAGAAGUGAUUUUUUUGGGCUUAUCCGAUUUUUGACUCGAAUUAAACGAAUUUAAAUCGGAUAAGACCCCGUUUAAUUAAAAAAAAAUGAGAAUAAGAUGAAGAUUCUAAAAAAAAGAUGAUUGAGAGA